CUCUCAUAAAGUCUGAGCCCCGCUCGGCUGAGGCCUGUCUGCAGAAUCCGCACCAACAGGCACCAUGCCCAUGAUCCUGGGGUACUGGGACAUCCGCAGGCUGCCCUACUUGAUUGAUGGGACUCACAAGAUCACCCAGAGCAACGCCAUCCUGCGCUACAUUGCCCGCAAGCACAACCUGUGUGGGGAGACAGAAGAGGAGAAGAUUCUUGUGGACAUUUUGGAGAACCAGCUUAUGGACAGCCGCAUGGAGAUGGUCAGACUCUGCUUUGACCCAAAUUUUGAGAAACUGAAGCCAAAAUACUUGGAGGAACUCCCUGAAAAGCUAAAGCUCUACUCACAGUUUCUGGGGAAGCGGCCAUGGUUUACAGGAGACAAGAUCACCUUUGUGGAUUUCCUCGCCUAUGAUGUCCUUGACAUGAGGCGUAUAGUUGAGCCCGGCUGCCUGGACGCCUUCCCAAACCUGAAGGACUUCAUCUCCCGCUUUGAGGGUUUGAAGAAGAUCUCUGCCUACAUGAAGUCCAGCCGAUUCCACCGAGGUCUUUUGUUUGGAACGACAGCCACGUGGAACAGCACAUAGGGCCCCGUGAUGCCAGAAGAUGGGAGGGAAGAGCCGACCCUUCUGCCUGUGACCCUGGAGAACAGCCCGACUCCCUGGACCCACCUUCUUUCUUUCUCCUUGUUUCUACUCUCUUCUCUUCCCCAAGGCCUCAUUGGCUUCCUUUCUUCUAACAUCAUCCCUCUGUGCAUCAAGGCUCUUUAAAGCUUCAGCUCCCCACCGUCUUCCAUCAAAGUCCCCCUCCUAACGUCUUUCUUUUCCUGCACUAACGCCAACCUGACUGCUUUUCCUGUCAGUGCUUGUCUGUUCUUUGAGAAGCCAGACUGACCUCUGAGCUCCCUAGCACUGUCCUCAAAGACCAUCUGCAUGCCCUGCUCCCUUUGCAAGGUCCCUACCCCAGCCCUGUGUGAUGCCCAGUAAAG